UGCCCCCGAUGGCCUCCCCUCCCCGCCGCCUCUGACCCCGCCCCGCCGGAGCGCCGCCGGGAUCUCUACCGGAGAUGCCGAUACCACCGCCCCCGCCCCCUCCUCCGCCGCCGGAGCCACCGCAGCUCCACGGCGUGGUCAUCAUCACCCUCCCGCCCCCCGACCAGCCCUCCAAGGGCAAGACCAUCACCGCCUUCACCUACACCGACGAGCCGGGCGCUGGCGCUCCGGCCCUGCCGCCGCAUCGGGGGCCUCCGAUGGCUACCGCGGGGAGGGAGGCCAGGCGAUCGAGGCGGGCGGUCUCGCGGCGGGCGGGGGCGAUGGUCCUCGUGCUGGGCGCGCUCGCGCUCGCGGCCUACUACAGCUUCUACUCGGACGUGGCCGUGCAGUUCCUCGGGAUGGAGGAGGAGGAGGCGCAGAAGGAGCGGAACGAGACCAAGUCGUUCCUGUUCCAGCUCUACCCCAAGGCGCACCAGGGCCGCGCGCUGCGGGAAUUCGGCGACAUCAAGCUCGCCGCCAAGAGGGUCGAUGACGGCGGCGGCAGGAAGGUCACGAAGAAGCUGGAUGUCAAGGGGGCGACAUCGGCUGGGACGAACUCCACAGUUCUGCUCCCGAUCAAGGGCAAUGUGUUCCCCGAUGGGCAGUAUUACACAUCUAUCUUUGUUGGCAAUCCACCAAGACCUUAUUUCCUUGAUGUUGAUACUGGAAGCGAUUUAACAUGGAUUCAGUGUGACGCACCAUGCACAAACUGUGCCCAAGGACCUCAUCCUUUAUAUAAGCCAGCAAAAGAAAAGAUAGUCCCUCCCAGGGAUUUGCUAUGUCAAGAGUUGCAAGGCGAUCAGAACUACUGCGAAACUUGCAAGCAAUGUGACUAUGAGAUUGAAUAUGCCGAUAGAAGCUCGUCUAUGGGUGUUCUUGCGAAGGAUGAUAUGCAUCUAAUCGCUACAAAUGGUGGAAAGGAAAAGCUAGACUUUGUAUUUGGGUGUGCAUAUGAUCAGCAAGGCCAGCUUUUGUCCUCACCAGCAAAGACCGAUGGGAUUCUUGGUCUUAGCAGUGCAGCAAUAAGCCUUCCUAGUCAGCUGGCCAGCAAAGGAAUUAUUUCCAACAUUUUCGGUCAUUGUAUCACUAGAGAAACAAAUGGUGGGGGGUACAUGUUUCUGGGUGAUGAUUAUGUACCAAGAUGGGGAAUGACAUGGGCUCCUAUUCGAGGUGGUCCAGAUAACUUAUACCACACAGAGGCCCAGAAAGUAAAUUAUGGAGAUCAGGAGCUCAGUAUGCACGGGCACGCAGGAAAUUCUGUUCAAGUGAUUUUUGAUAGUGGGAGCUCGUAUACAUACCUUCCAGAGGAGAUGUAUAAAAACCUUAUUGAUGCUAUUAAAGAUGACUCUCCCAAUUUUGUCCAAGAUAGCUCAGAUACGACAUUACCUUUAUGCUGGAAAGCUGAUUUUUCUGUUAGGUCCUUCUUCAAGCCCUUGAACCUUCAUUUUGGGAGAAGAUGGUUUGUCGUGCCGAAAACAUUCACCAUUGUUCCCGAUGAUUACUUGAUCAUCAGUGAAAAGGGCAAUGUUUGUCUGGGGCUGCUAAAUGGAACAGAGAUCAAUCAUGGGUCAACCAUAAUAGUCGGAGAUGUUUCUCUGCGCGGCAAACUAGUUGUGCAUGACAAUGAGCGGAGGCAGAUCGGAUGGGCAAAUUCAGAGUGCACCAAGGCACAAUCACAGAAGGGCUUUCCCUUCUUCCUCUGACGGGCAUUGUUGCAAACAUGCAUAUGUAAGUGGCACAUAGAGAAUACCAUUGGAGCUGCAUGCUGGAUAGCAGCUGCCAUCGCGUGCCCUAUUUCAUCUACAGUCACUAGCCACGGUCCCGCUGUCUGUUGUAAUACUUGUUUGUAAUGCACCGCAUUGUUUGUAUAUACACAAUAAUCAACGUAUGUACGUAUUAUUGAGCUGUAGAUAGAAUUUCAGCCUAUAUUGAAGUCAA